AUGGCAGUGUUCCUUAUAUCAGCUACUACAGCAAAGGCAUUCGUUUGCGUGUUCACGUUUAUCCAAACUGUAGCUGGUCUGCAAGGAAGAACUCGUGAACUUGUGUCAUCCAUCGUGCUUUUCCGCCAUGGAGCAAGAGCCCCCGUUGCAAACUACAGUGAUGAGAUAAUGCGUACAAUUUUCCGGAAUGGGCUUGGACAGUUGACAGAUAAGGGUUUGGAGGGGAACAGAAAGAUUGGAAGGUUUCUUAGGCAGCGUUAUGUAGAAGGUAAAGAUUUUUUGAGGGUCCCACUCCUACCGAAACAGGUUUACUUCCGCAGUACAGGCGUUGGACGUUGCUUAAUGACGGGAUUGGGCGUUGGUUCAGUGAUGUUUGCUGGUAGCAAACCAGCAAUGAGUGCUGUUCCAAUUUACACUCAAGAAACUCGCAGCAAAGAUCUCUUGCUGCGAAGCCCCAAAGAGUGUAAAUAUGAGAAUAGAAGAUUAUUCAAAAAGUGUGGUAAGGAACCAGGACAUUACAAGACGUGGCCGGAAUACGAAGCAUUUGUGUUCGAAUGCAUGGGACUCAAUGCUCUGACUACAUUAUUUAAAGAACCCGGAUCUUUUGCCAAGGCAGAGCCAAUGUAUAAUGAAGAUAAAAAUGGUCUCAAAGAAGGCGACACAGAAUUUGCCAGAAUAAAAGAUGAGCUUUACGAUCUUUAUCAAAAGGUAUACGCUUAUAACAUUGGCGUUGGUGAACCGAAAAUGCUGCAAAUAAAACAGGGCUUGCUUAUGGAUUUCAUAAUAAAGGAGUUAACGAAACAAAAAGAGAAACACAAAGAACACGGUGUAGUUGAAGAACGGAAAUUCAUUGCGAUAUCAACGCAAGAUUGGUUGAUACAAGCGCUCCUGCACUCGCUUGGUGCUGGUACUGAGGCCCUUGGAGACACAAUACCGGAAUAUAACGCUUUGCUGAUGUUUGAAUUAUGGAAAAAUGAAAUGAACUACGAUAUUGAGGUUCUCUAUAAAAAGGAUGUAAAUUCCGAAGCAAAGAUAAUAACCCAAAGCGUACGAAAAUGUAAUGGACGUUCUCCAUGCAGCUUCGAUGAGUUUGCAAAAUGCUGCGAUGACUACAGAAUUGAAGACUCCCACACAUUAUUGGAAAAGUGUGACGAGGAGUAUGAGGGGUAGCCAGUAUUUGUCUUAUUCAUGAAAAAAUAUAUGUACAACUGUCUUUCUCCUGUAAAAUAUGAAUAAAUGCUCCGGC